CUUAAAAAGAGGGAUUCAGGAUAUGAAGUGAAAUUAUUAAUAUCGUAAAGCAUACGUGAUUGUGUUUAAAGGAAAUGGAGGAAAAAGUAGAUAAGCCAGCUUCGAUACAGAAGCAUAAAAUAAACGAAAAGGAAAAGAAAAAGAUAACUAUCGUUGUAGAUGAAGAUGAUCCUUGCCUGAAAAAGGAUGAGACUCGCGAGGAGCAGAAAUUUAAAUUUUCUCCUGGUAAUGACCCAAGAUUUCAGCAACAGAAUCAGACACAGAGAUGCUUCGUGAUGUAUACGGACUUUUAUCGUUGUCAGCAUAUUUUAGGUGAAAAUUCCGAAGCAUGCACGUGGUUUAAAGAUGUUUUCACGUCCAUAUGUCCGAGGGCCUGGGUAGAACAUUGGGACGAACUUAGACUUACAGGCAGAUUACCUUGGCACAAAUAUAAAACUCAGGGUGAUUUCCCUGGUAACAAAUACGGCGAAUAAAGAAAGAGAAAGAUUAAUUUUCCAGAGUACAAUUUAAAAAUAUUUGUUUUAUAAUAUGUGAAAUGGGAUAAUUAGACCAUUAUUACGAUCGCAUUUCUAAUGAAUAAUAAGAGAUAAUUAUAUAAAUUUAU